CCUGCUGGGCGGGGCUUCCCUCCUGCUGGACUGGGCUUCCCUCCUGCUGGUCUGGGCUUCCCUCCUGCUGGACUGGGCUUCCCUCCUGCUGGGCGGGGCUUCCCUCCUGUGAGGCGGGGCUUCUUGUCUCCUGGGUGGGGCUUCCCUCUUGCUGGGCAGGGCUUCCCUCCUGCUGAGCGGGGGCUCCCUCCUGCUGGGCGAGGCUUUCUGCCUGUUGGGCUGGGGGUUCCUUAUCCAUGGCCAGAGGCAGCUCCAGGGGACCCUCGGUGGAAUUCUGAAUCUGCUUGUUGCCAGUGAGGGAGACCUUCAGUGGGUGGAGCGCCAUGGAGCAGCCCACAACCUUCAGGGAUGUGCUAUUCUCCUCAGUCUUGGCAGGCCGGGGUGGGCGGGGUCUGGAGGCCAGCAUAGGGCGGUGUCUGCACCUCUGUGGGCCCUGGAAUGCCAGGAACCUCUCCGCAGGGGUGAGCGGGACCACCUUGUUCUGCAGCCACUGGAAAGCCCUGAUCUUCUGUGUGACUACAUCCUUCAUUUCCUGGUUGACCCUCUUCACCUCCACCAUGGGGAAUAGUAAUGAUUUUUUCCCUCCCUGCAAGUUGCUAGCAUGCAGCCGAGAGAGAGUAGCUGGAGCAGGAAGGAGGGGCUGAGCGCUAACUCCUCCCAGUUCACACUGGAUGGUGCGGCUUUCCGCAUCCUGGGUGGGUCCACCCACUACUUCCGCAUCCCCAGAGCACACUGGAAGGACCGCCUCCUGAAGAUGAAGGCCUGCGGGCUCAACACUCUCACCACGUAUGUACCUUGGAACCUGCAUGAGCCAUGGAGAGGAAAGUUUGAUUUCCAGAACCGGUUGGACUUAGAGGCCUACAUCCGUCUGGCUGAGGAGGUGGGGCUUUGGGUCAUUCUGCGUCCGGGACCCUACAUCUGCUCAGAAUGGGACCUUGGAGGGCUGCCCAGCUGGCUUCUGCGUGACAAAAACAUGAAACUGCGGACGACUUACCCAGGAUUCACUGAGGCUGUCAACUCAUUUUUUGACGAGCUCAUUCCAAGAGUUACGCCUUUGCAGUACAUGAGAGGAGUACCCAUCAUAGCAGUUCAAGUGGAGAAUGAAUACGGCUCGUAUGCGAAGGACAACCGCUACAUGGGCUUCAUCAAAGAGGCUCUGCUGUCCAGGGGGAUCAGAGAACUUCUUAUGACAUCAGACAAUCGUGAGGGGUUAAAGUGUGGGGGCGUGGCUGGAGCCCUGAAGACCAUAAACUUGCAAAGCCUGACACCUGGAGUAGUAAACUAUCUGGCUCACAUGCAGGAUGGGAAGCCUAAGAUGGUUAUGGAAUACUGGUGCGGAUGGUUUGAUGUCUGGGGUGACCCUCACCAUGUGUUUCAUGCCGAGGACAUGGUCCCCGUGGUGACGGAGAUUCUGAAACAGGGCAUGUCCAUCAACCUGUACAUGUUCCACGGGGGGACGAAUUUUGGGUUCAUGAACGGAGCCGUGGACCUGGGCACAUACAAGCCCCAGGUUAGCAGCUACGAUUACGACGCGCUCUUAUCUGAAGCCGGGGAUUACACCCUGAAAUACCACCGUCUGAGGGAAUUAUUCAGUCACUACCACAGUGAGACACUGCCUGAGCAGCCUGCUCUCCAGGGGCGGAAAGUGUACGAAGCGGUCGUCAUCGACCAGUACCUGUCAUUAUGGGAGGCCCUGAAGUUCACUGAUGAGCCUUUUAUAUCAGCGACGCCGGUCAAUAUGGAGAACCUUCCGGUGAACAACGGCAAUGGCCAGUCCUAUGGGUACACCCUGUACGAGACCACGGUCACCAGCGGAGGGGCUCUGAACUCCAGGAACAAAGUCCGCGACCGCGCCCUGGUGUUUGUGGACCGAGUUUACAUCGGGGUUCUCGACUAUAAGACUGUGGAACUUGCAGUGCCUGAUGGGAAGGGAGAGCAAAAGCUGAGUUUACUGGUGGAGAACUGUGGAAGGGUGAACUAUGGGAAUGCUCUGGAUGAGCAACGUAAAGGUCUUGUGGGACAAAUUACAUUGAAUAAUACCCCACUGAAAAACUUUACCAUCUACAGUCUGGAUAUGAAGCCAAAUUUCAUAGAUGGAUUGCACAGAAAGCAUUGGAAUAUCCUUCCAGAAAAUCUCACCUACCCUGGAUUCUUCCAGGGCCAGCUGAAGGUGGAUGGCAAUCCCACAGACACCUUCCUGAAGCUUCCAGGCUGGGGUAAAGGAGUGGUGUUUAUUAAUGGGCAAAAUCUUGGACGCCACUGGUCAAUAGGACCCCAACAAACCCUCUACUUACCAGCACCCUGGCUUCACAGCGGCAUGAAUCAGGUUAUUGUGUUUGAGGAACGGGAAUCCGGAGACAGAAUCCAGUUCUCUGACUCUCCUGAACUGGGGAAGACCAUCAGUGUGUACAGACCUCAUUUAUGCAAUGUAUUGUGAGUGAAAAAUGCAUUAUGAAAUGAAGGCUGUAUAUUUAGGCCACAGCCACACACUCCUGCUUUAUUGCUUCAGUACAACUACACUCUCAGAACUGGAGGACAAGGAUAAAGUGGAUUUCUUUGGAUGGCGAUACACUCGAUGAAGUGAUUGUGUGCCUGACUACACUACCUGUCUGAAGAAAUCUCUGGGGCCAGGGCUGAGAAGCCAUGCAGGCACGGUGACCAUACGGUACCAGGCUACAGUCAGUGUGGUCCUACAGCACCAGGCUACAGUCACUGUGGUCCUACGGCACCAGGCUACAGUCACUGUGGUCCUACGUCAUCAGGCUACAGUCACUGUGGUCCAUGUGCUUACAAACUGUCCGAAUAAGUCACUGUAAAUUAUUAUUAUGGACAACAGUGCAGUAUAAUGUAACACAAGGGUUGCAAAUUCAGUUCUCAGGAGGGACACUCGUUGUACCCUUGAGCAAGGUACUUAACUUAUAAACUUAUACUUAACAGCAUAUAUCCAGCUGUAUGAAUGGAUACUAUGUAAAAACAAUAGUGCUCUGGCUGAGAGCAUCUGCUAUAUGCUAGUCUUGCAAUGUAUUUUUAAAAGUACUAUAUUGUUUCAGUUCUAACUACAUUAGAUAAAUAAAAUAUCCAUAAGAUACACUGUAAA